CUUUUUUUUGAUGCCCCAGCUCAAGCUAACUUGAUCGUUUCUGUAGUCGAUUGCAUCUCACUUUGUUUUAGAAAUUUACUGAUUGUGAUUUGCAGAUGUAGAUUUGGCAAUGGUGGAAUUUGUUGUGUGUGUUCGCCAUUACUUUUCAUGAAAUUUUUCAUUAGAUUUAUCGAUGUUGUUUUUUGUACUUGAUUUCAGAGAGACAAAUUAUAUUAAUAGAACAUUACCUCUCCCUACUAAGAAAGCUUCAAAGCUGUUUGAAGCUUUCUGUGUAGUAUUCAUGGAACUAUGAACCUGGACUCGUUGUCUUUUGCUUUGUCUAAUAUUAGUUAUUCUGUGGCUAAUUUGACUAAGAAGAACUUUAAGUCUAGUGUCCAAGAAAUAUCUAGACUUGUAGCCCAUCACGGGUUAGAGGCUGAAAGGCACCUCCUGCGUUGUCUUUUUUCUCAUGUAGAUUUCAGUGGUGAUGGUAAAAGUAGUGGUAAAGAUUUUCAUCAGACUCAAUUUUUGAUUCAGGAGUGUGCAUCUAUUUUAAAUAAACCAGAUUUUGUAUCUACGUUUUGUUACUCUAUUGAUUGCCCUCUUCAGCAGCAAAAGAGUUUAAGACCGUCAGCCAAUCUUUUACCUCAGUUGAGUAAAGUUCUUAAAUUAUCUAGUGUUCAAGAAAUUGCUUUUGGAUUGGCACUUUUGAAUUCAUCUAUUUCUGAACACAUAAUUCAUUCAGUAGAUUUUUUAAAACAGAAACUCUCUGACUUUAUCAAGCAUAUUUGUGAAAAGGACUCAUCGGGUCAAGAAGAUAUAUCAGACCUACCCCCUACAGUUUUGCAUUUGUUACUCAGUAACCUAUAUUGUGGGACUCAAGAUCUUGGAAUCUCACGUGAUCUUAAAGAGUCAUUUGCAAAAACUUUAAAUCAAGACUAUUCUGACAAAAUACCAUUUUAUUUAUUGCCUUAUUUACGAGCACACAAAUUAGAUCCACAAAUGGAGCCUGUUGGAAAUUCUGCUAAACCUUCAGAGGAUUCUGUUGUGGAAAUGAUUCAAGAAAUGGGCUACAAUUUUACAUCUAGCAUUGAAGAAUGUCGAAACAAUUUGAUCCAAAUUGGGCUUCGAGAGUUCACUGCUGCUAUUGUAGCUCGUAUUUUAUCUAUGAUGUCAAGGUCGCAUUCUGGACUUACAGAUGCUAUGCCAAUUCAAAAUAUGAAUAACAGCAACAUGAUUAUGUGGAAUGAUAAGGAGAAAAAUGAUAAUGCUCAACAGCCAUCUUGGAGUGUUGAAAUAUUCGUCCAAGUUGUUCGUGAAAUGUCACCCACUUUGGAUUGGAAAGAUGUUGUGUUAGAGCUGGAUAAUCCUACUUUUCUUUUAAAAGAUCGGAAAGGGUUAAAGUUGUUAUGGCAGGGUUUAGCACUUGGACUUAGUCAUGAAACAUUCCCCAUGGAUAGAAUGUACCGACGUUGGAGACAUGCUGAAGGCCAGUUUUCAUUCUUUCAACAAGUUUUAAACUGCCCAGACAUUGUGUGCUUAACAGAUUUUGCUCACCGUCCUGUUUUAACUGACGCCUUAAAAGCUCCUCCGGAAGAUGAUAAUAGAAGUAUUUCAAAUUGGAAAUCAUUAGAUUUAAUAGAAACACUGUUGCAUUUAUCAGAGACAUUACAUUUAUCUGAGACGCCUUUCUUCAAAGAUGAGCUUUUCAAAUUUCCUCUUUCACAUUGUCCCGAUCUUCUUAUUUUGGGCCUUAUCCAAACGUCACGAGCCAUUAAUCAGAUGCACAAGGAGCUAUUGUUAGCCCUGAUACCUAUAUUUUUAGGAAAUCAUCCUAAUUCUGCUAUGGUUUUACACCUUGCCUGGCACAGUCAAAAUAACUUGACAGCUGUAAGAAACAUCAUCAUGCAAUCUAUGGCUGACUGGUAUGCAAGAGGAGAUGGGGAUCAAAUAAGGCUUUCAAGGAUAUUAGAUGUUGCACAAGAUUUGAAAGCAUUAUCAAUGUUGUUGAAUUUAAAUACGUUUAUGUUUGUCAUAGAUUUAGCCUGUUUAGCUUCUAGAAGAGAGUACUUAAAACUAGAUAAGUGGCUUAGUGAUAAAGUUAGAGAACAUGGUGAAAGUUUUGUGAACUCAUGUGUGACAUUUUUAAAUAAGCGUUGUCCCCAAAUUAUAAGUGGAAAUAUCAAAGAAGAAAGUUUGCCAAAAAGUGCAUUACCUCCUGAAACAUUGGCAACAAUAUUAAGUUUGCUCCACACUCUUGUUGGGUCAACAUCCCAAGAGCUAUCGGAGAAAAUUUUAACUAUGGUUGGCAAUUGUAAUGUAGUACUUAAUAAAAAUCGCCAUCCUCCUCCUGGUGUUGUGAAAACUACUCAAGGGUUGCAAUCAGUUUUACCAUCUGUGAUCAAUCCACCUAAUGCUGGGUUGGAUCAAUUAUGUGGUUUGGCAUCUUCGGUAUCUGGAAUAACUCUGGGCAACAGUGUAAAAACAAUUAACAACACAAAUGCUGGAUUUCCUAAUUUACCUUUGGCAUCAUUUGCUAUUCCUUCAGCUGGAGGAUCUCCAGCAAAAAUGCUAUCUGUAGCAACACCAACCACUCAAACUGUAUCAACCGUCAAUCAAAUAAAUCAAAACCAGUUUUCAAAUGCUACCACUAAUCAACAAAUCCAUUCCCAACUGGGUGAAAUCAAUGCUAUUUUUAGAGAAGGUCAUCCACCUGUUUCCAAAGAUAUUGAAGAUGAGGCCAAUGGAUAUUUUCAAAAAAUUUAUAAUCAUUCUGGUCAAUCAACCCUUACUAUUGAAGAAGUUUUAGAUAUGUUGAAAAAGUUUAAAGAUUCACCCAAUAAGAGGGAACAGGAAGUCUGUAAUUGCAUGAUAAAAAAUCUGUUUGAAGAAUAUAGAUUUUUCCCCCAGUAUCCAGAUAAAGAACUAAUCAUUACUGCACAACUUUUUGGUGGCAUUGUUGAUCGUAAUUUAGUAAGCUACUUAAGCCUGGGAUUGGCACUUAGAUUUAUUUUGGAAUCAUUAAAGAAACCUCAAGGAAGUAAAAUGUACUACUUUGGCUGCACAGCUGUUGAAGCUUUCAAAAAUAAAUUGAAAGAAUUACCUGCAUAUUGCCAACAUGUCACUACUAUACCAAAUUUCCAUGAACUUCCUCCUCAUAUAAUAGAGUACAUUGAAUAUGGUGCAAGGAAUCAAGACCCACCUCCACGCACGCAGCCUAUUACAACAACAUUUCCAACUUUGACACCUGCUCUAACACAGCCUCCAAAUUUACCACUAACUGUAACUACUGUGACCACAACCAUUACAACUUCAACAACUAAAGCUACUGUACCUGGCAAAGUAAUGCCAUCUAUUGUUAAUCCAACAAGCAUAGACACUUUAUUAGUUGCAACUGAAAAAGAUGAAAAACUUGUUGUUCCACCUGAAUCUGUGCAAGAUAAAGUAGCUUUCAUUGUUAACAAUCUGUCACAAUCCAAUCUUGUACAAAAAACUGAUGAAUUUAGAGAAAUCAUUAAAGAUGAAUAUUGGCCUUGGGCAUCUCAGUAUCUAGUCAUGAAAAGAGCUUCUAUUGAACCCAACUUUCACACUUUAUACUCAAAUUUUCUAGAUACUUUAAAAUUACCAGAUUUAACAAAACUGGUGAUAAGGGAGACCUUCAGGAAUAUCAAGGUCUUGCUCCGCAGUGAUAAAGGAAUAGCAAACUUUUCUGACAGAUCUCUCCUAAAAAAUUUGGGACAUUGGCUUGGUAUAUUGACUAUUGCUAAGAAUAAGCCAAUUUUGACUAGAGAUAUUGAUGUCAAAUGUUUGGUAAUGGAAGCUUAUCAUAAUGGUCAACAAGAACUGCUUUAUAUUGUUCCCUUUGUAGCAAAAGUGGUAGAGUCCUGUGCAAAAAGCAAAGUAUUUAAACCGCCUAAUCCUUGGACUAUGACCAUUAUGAGUGUUCUUGCAGAAUUACAUCGAGAGCCAGAUUUGAAGUUAAAUCUGAAGUUUGAAAUUGAAGUGCUUUGCAAACACUUGAGUUUGGAUGUAAAUGAGCUGAAAAUUUUUAAUAUUUUAAAAGAUGAAGAGCGUAUGAGAAAACUAGAAUCUCAACUUUCACCUUUGUCUAGUUUGCCAAAACAGAAAGAAGCACAAGUGAUAAGUACUGUAAAUAUUCAGGUGCCAACCCAACCUGUACUGAGUAAUGUAAUACCUCCUAAUGCUAAUCCCAUACCAAACAAUGUGCUUCAUGAGGAAAGUAUUCAAAAUGUAUCGUUAAGUAGUCCUCCUGCUCUUACGACCAGCCAAGUGACUUCUUUAUGUGCUACAUUACCUCAGCCUCAAUUUGCAUAUGGAGAUAUAAAUAUUGUGUCAACAAGUCACAUAAACCCACACUUGUUAAUUAAUUCACAGCUUCCAUUGUUCCAAGCUCAUGCUCAGUUAAAACAGUGUGUCUAUAUUGUUCCCUUUCAAAGUAAGUACAUCUUAAAUCCNAAUGCUUUCACAACAGCCUUAAGAAAUCCUACCCCACAACAAAAGGAACUAACAGAACAUGCAUCUGACAUUGUUGCAAGAGAUAAUUUGGAACUAGCAUGUUGUUUUAUCCAAAAGACAGCUGUGGAAAAGGCUCUUCCUGAGAUUGACAAGCGACUUAGCAAUGAAUAUGAUGCAAGAAAACAUGCCAGGAGUGAAGGUCGGCGUUAUUGUGAUCCUAUGGCCUUAACUUAUCAAGCGGAAAGAAUGCCUGAACAAAUUAGACUAAAGGUUGGAGGUGUAACUGCACAACAAAUGGGUGUUUACGAAGAAUUUGCACGUAUGAUUCCUGGAUUUCUACCAAAUGGUGGAGAAAGAGAACAACAACAACCAGCCAACUUUAUUAGCAAACCAAUGGCUCUGAUGCAGCCGUAUGCUACUGAUGAAGUUAGUUUAUUGUAUGAUAAACUAAUAAGAGAUUUGGAGAUGCUACUUCAAGGCAGUGUAGCUUCUUCAAGUACUCAUGUAAUGGCUCUUCACAAUCUACUUGAAGCUGUAUCUCUCUGUCGCAACUCUCAAGAAUUGCCUGCUGCCGUUUCUCUCCUACAAAAAACUGUGGAAAGCUUUUUAGAAGGCAUGAGUCAACCUGCUAGUGAAAUGGAGUUUGCUAUGCGUUUUAAAGAGGGACAUUUGAUGGUACUAAAAACUCUGGCUGAUCAUCGAAUCUGUGGUCAUCAAUGGACAAGUAAACAAAUAACCCGGUGGCUGAUUGAAAGCAGAGAAGAAUAUAGAUACAACCUUGAAUCAGUUGAUGUCCUGAUCAGAAACCAUCUUAUUAACUUGCAAGCUUAUGAUCUUCAUUUGAAUGGCUUAAAUCUUAUGGCUGUUUCAUUUGCAAUGCAGUUGGUGAAAAUGUAUCUUUUGGAUGAAAGAUCUGCUAGUUUUGUGUCAGAGUCUGACCUUUACAACACUGUUGAAACUUUAGUUCGUAUAUCAUCUGUGCAGCGACAGCAACUUCCAGAUGGAUUAUCUCAACUCUUGGAUUUAAUCCGAACAUCAGCAGAUGCUUCAUUCCUUGAUAGAGCUCCUGGGGGUGGGCCAAUGGGAAUGAUGUAUUCUGGAAUUACACAAGCACGAGAAUUUGACGAUCCUCCUGGACUUUAUGAAAAAACUGAAUAUUUAUUGAGAGAAUGGGUGAAUAUGUUUCAUUCUCCUAAUGCAGGAAGAGAUAGUACCAAGGCUUUCUCUCUCUUUGUUCAUCAAAUGAAUUUGCAAGGUAUCCUAAAAACUGAUGAACUAAUUACAAGAUUUUUCCGUCUCAGUACAGAAAUGUGUGUGGACCUUUCCUACAGAGUUUUGUUGGACCAAAAUAAUAAAUCUCCUACAGUAAUUAGAGGCAAAUGCUUCCAUACUCUUGAUGCUUAUGUUCGCCUGAUUGCCCUUUUAGUCAAGCAUAGUGGAGAUUCAAAUAAUACAAUUACCAAAGUCAAUUUAUUAAAUAAAGUUCUGGGAAUUGUUACUGGUGUGCUUUUACAAGAUCAGGAAUUGAAAGGUGUAGAGUUCCAACAAUUGCCUUAUCAUAGAAUUUUUAUAAUGCUGUUCUUAGAGCUUAGUGCCCCGGAGGCAGUACUAGAAGCAAUAAGUGCACAAAUUCUUACAGCCUUCUGCAAUACUCUUUAUUACCUAAGACCGCAAAAGGCANUUAUGGGCAUUUACCUGUAUAAUUUAUUGGGAUGGACUAUGUAUGCACAACUGUUGAUUAGCUUAUUCAAGUUCUUGUCUCCUUUCCUCAGAAAUGUCGAGCUCGCAUCUCCCAUCCAAUUACUUUACAGGGGUACUCUUAGAGUGUUAUUAGUGUUACUACAUGAUUUCCCAGAGUUUCUUUGUGAUUAUCAUUAUGGUUUCUGCGAUGUUAUUGCCCCUAACUGUAUCCAGAUGCGGAACUUGAUUUUAAGUGCUUUUCCAAGAAAUAUGAGACUACCAGAUCCAUUCACUCCUAAUUUAAAAGUUGAUCUCUUACCAGAUAUCACUCAAGCUCCCAGAAUACUCGCAAAUUUUAAUACUCUGAUUGUGCCAGCAUCUUUCAAAAAGGAAUUGGAUUCUUACAUAAAGACUAGAGCACCUGUCACAUUUUUAUCUGAACUUCGAAGUAGCCUACAAGUAUCAAAUGAACCUGGAAUGAGGUACAAUAUACCUCUCAUGAAUGCUUUGGUGUUAUAUGUUGGUACCCAAGCCAUUAGUUACAUCCAAACCAAAGGUCAAACACCUAGUAUGAGUACAAUUACACAUUCAUCUCAUAUGGAUAUAUUUCAAAAUCUAGCUGUUGAUUUGGAUACUGAAGGGAGAUAUCUAUUUUUAAAUGCUAUUGCCAAUCAGCUGAGAUAUCCAAACAGUCAUACACACUAUUUCAGUUGUACUCUUUUAUAUCUGUUUGCUGAAGCGAAUACUGAAGCCAUUCAGGAACAAAUCACAAGGGUUCUGCUUGAGCGAUUAAUUGUAAAUCGUCCUCAUCCUUGGGGUUUGUUGAUAACAUUUAUUGAACUCAUCAAAAAUCAAAGUUUUAAGUUUUGGAAUCAUGAGUUUGUUAGAUGUGCUCCUGAAAUAGAAAAACUAUUUGAAUCCGUUGCAAGGUCUUGUAUGCAUCCAAAGCCUUCAUCCGAACAGACUAGCUCAUGAAAAUCAUAUGUAAAUAUCAAUGAAAAACUGUGAUUACUGCCUAUCAUAGACUUAAACAGCCUAAGUUGCUGUCACUCUUGCCACAGUUCUUUCGUACUCAUGAAGUUCCAUGUUCUGUCUGCCAAAACAAGCAUUUGUGAUUAUUCGCGUCACAUUUUAAGGCAGCUGGGACAAUGUAAAUUAAGCAUAGAUUUCGUUUUAUCUCUUAUGUGUUUUUUGUAGUUGAUGUAUGAUUUUUGUUUUGAAAAUGAUUUUUGCAAUAAAAAGGAAUUUGAAUUUUUUC